AUGAAUGGCAGGCAAAAGCAGCGGAGACCUCAGCUGGAGCGCCACAUCGUUGGCUCAACCAACAGAUGGCGUUUCCUCAAAGAACCUUUCUCUGGGGACCUGCUGGCACUUUCCCAGAUGUGCAAGGCUUUGAGCAUAGACUUUGAUGAAAUUCUGAAGGACCCAGACAGGGCAUGCAUUUCACAGAUCCAGAAACUUCUCACUGAAAAUCUCAAAAACAAGGCCAUGCAAGGUGGGGAGGCAGAUGUGAUCCUCGAGUGCCUCGGCUUCAAGUGGGAACUCCAUCAGCCCCAGCUUUUUCAGUCUGGGACACUAACCAAGCUGUACCUGAGGGCCCUAUCGAGGGGCACCAUGGACCCCCUGACGGAACUGGAGAAACUUCUGAAAGUUCGGUCACCUGGGAAGAGCAAAGAAACAUCGCGCAUAAAGAAGAUGACCAUUGCUUUGAAGAUCAACGACCCACUGGUGACCAAAGUUGCUUUUGCCACCGCCCUGAAGAACCUCUACAUGAGUGAGGUGGAGCUGGACAUGGACGACUUGGUGGGGGUGCUGGCUUCCGCGCGCAUUCUCCAGUUCACCGCCCUGUUUCAAAGGUGUCUGGCCAGCAUGAUAAACGGACUCACACCAAACACCAUCAGGAGCUUCUACCUGGCCGGCUGCAAGUACCAGCAAGAGCAGCUCACCAAGGCCUGUGAGAAGUGGCUUGAGAUGAACCUGGUCCCUCUGAUGGGGAAGAACAUCCAGCUCCGAAGUAUCCCACAGGAGCUGCUCUACAAGGUGUUGAAAUCUCCCAGCUUGUUUACCUUUAGUGAAUUUCAUCUUCUGCAAACAAUGCUUGCUUGGGUCUACUUGCAAGUAAACAUCAAAAUUCAGACAUUUCCAAUCUAUGAGACCCUGAUGGCUUUUUUUGACAGCUUUCCCAGGAACUGUGCCUUUUUGGACCAGGACCCAGGACAAACCUGGAUGCCACUCUUUCUCUGUCUGCGUCUGCAUGGCAUCACCAGAGGCAAGGAUCUGGAGGAGUUACGACACAUUAACCUUUUCCCGGAGGCCGUGUUGAUCCGAAUCACAGCCAACCAUUACCAAGCGCUUGAGAGCGGGGGUGACAUGGCCCAGUUGAAAGAUCUCGCCACCCAGGCUGUGCGAUUUGGGAUGUUCUUUACCCAGGAAUAUACAACUCAUUCAGAAAUGAUUGCUGUGUACGGGUUCUUCUUUGAGAUAAAAGGAGUCAGACAUGAUGUUUCCUCUUAUAGUUUUUAUAUGCAGAGAAUAAGACACACAGACUUGGAAUUCUCCUCCCCGCUCUGUGAGGACAGCCUGGUGAACAUGCGAGCGGAACGCUUGGUGAAGUAUGAAAUCAGAGCCCAAACCCUAGUGGGCGACAGGUGGCAGGAGUUCAGGACCAACCAGAUCACACAGAAGUUUGGGCUCCGCAAGCCGUCCUGCAAAAGCCACAUCUUGAAGUUCCAAACGGUGGGCAUCCCCAUCUAUGCAAGUUUUGCAUUCAUUUUCCCAAUAUCUUGA